UAGAUUAGCAUUUGGAGGGUCACCUUCCUCCUCGGAGUAAGGAUUUGGGCCCUGGACACUUUGACUUACUUGCGUGAUGUUCUUUUCAUAUUGCACUCUGAUAGCAUGGAAACAGGGGCGCUGCUUGCAUGUCUGCUUUUUUUCUGGAAGGGAAUCUUGCAUCUGCGUGAGGAUUUUACAUUGAUCAAGUCCCUGUUGUGUUGUUUUAUGCACCAUCUUCAUACCCCGUGUCUGUGUGUUUUUGUUUUAUUUUAUUUUUUUUUGUUGCUUUCUAAUGUGUUCUUGCUAAAGAUUGAUCGAUUCUCUGCUUUUCUUCGUGUGCAUUUUCAUGAGUCAGUUCCAAUCAUAACCACCAAUGUUUGCAAUUGGGGCAAGGCGUUGACAUGGGUAUACACUUAAGACUUCUGGAAGGCUACUGUUGGCUAGCUGCUGCAUCGUCGCACGUUACUAGUACCAUUAUUCGGUUUGGCAUUUCCCUUACAG